AGCCUUCAUCUAACUGCUUCGAAACGAUCCACAGCGAUAUACAGUAUUUAAACCCUCCUCCGAGCGGGAAAUUUGUCGCCAUCCAGCACCAAUCUGAUCGUGAGAGAAGGAGGGGGCGGGAAGGUUCGUUUGAGGAGGGCAGGCUUACCAACGUUACCAGCGCUCCCCCACUACCCUUUUUUCAGCAUCUGAGGCAAAUACUUCAAAAUUCACCCAUUGGACAUGAAAGAAUUUGCUGGAAAAUAAGUGGAAAGACAGAGGUGGAAAUCAACUGCCAGAGCUCAGAAAGUGUCUGAAGUCCGUCGGAGGAAAAAAGGAUUUAUCUCUGGCUUUCAGGACUCAGAGCGAUAUGGCUGCCGUUCUCCGCAAGCUCACAGCACGCGUCCCCUGCGUGUGGAUCUUCCUCAUGCUUUUCGACCCCAGCUCACAAACCGGGGCUGUAACCGGGCACAGAGAACCCAUUCCCGAUGACAGCAAAGACAACAUCACCAUCUUUACCCGGAUCUUGGACCGCUUGCUGGAUGGUUAUGACAACAGAUUGCGCCCCGGACUAGGAGAAAGUGUGACUGAAGUGAGGACAAACAUCUAUGUGACGAGCUUUGGACCAGUAUCAGACACCGAUAUGGAGUACACGAUUGAUGUGUUCUUCCGGCAAAGUUGGCGGGAUGAGAGGCUGAAGUUUGAUGGGCCUAUGCAGGUCCUUCCACUUAACAACUUGCUCGCCAGCAAGAUCUGGACUCCUGAUACCUUCUUCCACAAUGGGAAGAAGUCAGUAGCCCACAAUAUGACUACACCCAAUAAACUCCUGCGACUGGUAGAUAAUGGAACUCUUCUCUACACGAUGAGAUUAACCAUCCAUGCUGAGUGCCCCAUGCAUCUGGAAGAUUUUCCUAUGGAUGCCCAUGCCUGCCCACUGAAGUUCGGAAGCUAUGCCUACACCAACAACGAGGUUGUCUACAUCUGGACAGCGGAUGAUGAGAAAUCUGUUUCUGUGGCUCCUGAUGGUUCUAGACUCAACCAGUAUGACCUGUUGGGCCACGUCAUUGGCAAAGAGACCAUCAGCUCCAGUACAGGAGAAUAUGUAGUGAUGACAACGUAUUUCCAUUUGAAAAGGAAAAUUGGCUAUUUCGUGAUCCAGACAUAUCUCCCCUGCAUAAUGACCGUCAUUCUCUCUCAGGUCUCCUUCUGGCUGAACCGGGAGUCUGUGCCAGCACGCACUGUCUUCGGUGUCACAACUGUCCUGACCAUGACCACACUGAGUAUAAGUGCCCGCAACUCACUUCCCAAGGUGGCCUAUGCAACAGCCAUGGACUGGUUUAUGGCAGUGUGCUAUGCCUUUGUCUUCUCUGCUCUCAUUGAGUUUGCCACCGUCAACUACUUCACAAAGCGCAGCUGGGCCUGGGAUGGCCAGAAGGAGGCCCAGGAGAUGCGGAGGCGAGAGUCAUCUUCCUUUUCCAAGAAGACCAACAACACUUUCAACAUCGUGGGAACUACCUACAGCAUGAGCGUAGCCAAAGAUCCCGGAUUGACAACCAUCUCCAAGAGCGCCACAUCCACGUCCACAUCCACCCCGUCACAGCCGGUCCGAGAGGUCCGACUGCCCAAAAUGGAUGGUGAAUACGUGCCGGAGGGCGUAAGAAAGUCAUACAAUCGCGUCAGCAAAGUGGACAAGAUCUCUCGUAUUAUCUUUCCAGUGCUCUUCUUCAUCUUCAACCUGGGUUACUGGGCCACCUACGUCAACAGAAAGCCGACCAUCAACAGGUCCAGCCCACAGAAAUGAACAUGGCGACUGCCAAAAGAGAAAAAACUGCCAGUCCAUUCUUAAUCAGCAACAUGAUGCUACUGCUACGUGCUCAUUUUCCAAUUUUCAUCGUCUUUUUUUUUUACAUUUUGUAGUAGUGCCAUACAGCCAUGUAGACAUAGAAUCCUAGUCAGUAGUUUUUCAGAUUUGUAUGUGACAUUUCCUGUGUUGCAUGAGUAUGAAAAAUCAAUAUUACUGGUCUUGUAUGGAUGAUCAUUACUUACCCACUAAACCCACUGCACUGGAGGAAAACUUCAGUCACCAUUGGCUGUCGGUCGCCAUGGCAAGUACCUGUAGCCAUUCAGCAGCCAGUAGUGAUGUCUGUAGGCACAUCGUUAUUAAGUAUCUGUCCUUUGACGCUCCGCAGACCCAGAGUAAUAUCAUCUAGAGUUGUGUUCUCAUCCCUGUGGGUCUAUCUGUGCAUUUACCUGUCCAGUGACUCUAUUGUUUAAACAGCCUGAGCAGGCUCCAAGAUAAAGAAACUGUGUGCCUUUUUAAUCGCUCGCCAUAGAGAUGAAUAGUUUGGCACGUGCUGACAUUGUCUUCAAGCUUAUGCCUGCCUAAUGAAAAAACGUCAGUGUUGAUUGAUCUCUCACAGGUUGGUAUUAAACUCGGUUGAUUUAGUGUUGACGGUUAACUGUAAGGCUCUGCGUCAGCCAACAGUUCUUUGUUCAUAGCCAAUAUGAGCAGAGAAAGUAUUGAGUGUAUUGUAACACUGUAACAGGCUAUAAAGCAUUUCAGUUUUGAAGAAAAUCAAGACCAGAUUUUAGAUGUGGGCCAGUGCCACGCAGGAAGGAACAUGCAUUUUCAUUACCUCACACUGAAGUGUUGGUGGUUUUGAUCUUUACACUGAUGAUUUCAUGAUUUAUGUGUUGUACAAUACAGAAUUCAUGUUUGUGAAUGCACUAUUUUUAUUGUUAUUUUGGCAAUUGCAAGCCAAUAUCAUAGUUUUCUGUGUGUGAGAUGCCAUGUACACCAAAUGUAGAAGUAGUUUCUAUGCCAUGUUAAUUUACUCAUAUAUUUAAAGGGUUAGUUCACCAAAAAUGAAACUUCAGUCAUUUAUUACUCACCCUCAUGACGUUCCACACCCGUAAGA